AGCGAGAUAGAGAUGGCGGAAGGUGGCCGGAGUUAUAUCGACCACGAUGACCGGGUUGGUGGAAACUUUUUCCCAAAGAAGCGGAAGGGGCGUGGGCCGUUCCGUGCAAAAAUGUAUAGUGAAGCAGGUCCAAGGAACCGAAAUCGUGGCAAUUACCAACCUAAUCCUCGUUCCCGACUAGAUGAUGGAGAUGGAGAUGUGGCUAUGAGUGAUGUACAUGACACAGUCCGUUUACGGUUUAAUCCUUACAACCGUGGGGGUAGGAGAAGAGAUGAAAGACAAGGAAGAGACAACAGAGGAGCUUUGCAUGGAAAUCCUGCUAGGGAUAGUUUGCAUAAUGCUAGAACUGAUGUUAGAGGUGACAAGGACAGCUGGUACAAGAUUACGAUUCCAUAUGGCAAAAAAUAUGAGAAGGAUUGGUUGAUAGGCCUUUUGCAAGGUGCCUGUUCGCUGCCUUUUUCUCCUAUAGGGUAUCAUUGUGACCAUUCUCGGUCCCACUUCUAUGUGGAAGAUGCAGCUGUUGCAAAAGCUCUGAAACAGAUCUCAAGGACUUUUACUGACAGAGAUAACUUCAAGAUUACAAUACUUAUACAACCAUCUCCACCCCCUGCUCAAGCAAAAGAAAUACAAAUGACUGAAGAGGAAAAUGCUCAUUUUAAGCGCUGUAUGCAAAAGCGAUAUGAUGGAGCCCAGCAAGCCCUAGAUAUGAGUUCACUGCGUUCUGAUCCAGAUCUGGUGACAAACAAAGUAGACCUCAUCCUAAACAGGAAGUCCUGUAUGCAGAGUAUGCUGCAGAUUAUUGAAGAGAAUGUGCCUGAGCUUUUAUCUUUGGAUCUCAGUAACAACAAACUCUACAGAUUGGAUCACAUGUCAGAAAUUCAUCUAAAAGCCCCAAAUCUGAAGAUCCUGAACCUUUCUAGUAAUGUGCUGAGAACUGACAAGGAUCUGGAUAAGAUUAAAGGUCUGAAGCUUGAAAUGCUGUGGUUAGAUGGAAACCCACUCUGUGACAACUUCCGAGACCAGAACACGUAUAUCAGUACUAUGAGGGAACGCUUUCCAAAACUACUGCGACUGGAUGGACACGAGCUUCCUCCACCAAUAGCAUUUGAUGUAGAAACCCCCACCACACUUCCUCCAUGCAAGGGCAGCUACCUGUCUACAGAUAAUAUUAAAGCAAUAGUUUUGCGAUUUCUUCAACAAUAUUAUGCCAUCUACGAUGGUGAAGAUCGCCAAGGCCUACUCAACAUUUAUCACGAUGAGGCUUGUUGCUCUCUUAGCAUUGCAAAUGUGUCCGGGCAGAAUCCUGCCAGGAGCAGUCUGGGAGAUUACUUUGCUAACAGCAGAAAUUUAAAGAGAUUACGAGAACCCAGAGAUCUCUCACUUCGAUUUAAACUUCUCAAGCACAAACGUCUCAAUGUCGUUAGCUUCUUGAAUGAACUUCCACGGACCCAGCAUGAUCUGAACUCCUUUGUUGUGGACGUCACUACCGAGACUAAUACCUUACUUUGCUUUGUGGUUAACGGAGUGUUUAAAGUUGAGGGGCAAUCCAGUGAUCCUGUACGUGCUUUCACUCGGGUUUUCAUAGCAGUGCCAGGAAAUGAAGCAGGACUUCUUUUGGUAAAUGAUCAACAGUUCAUAAGGAAUGCAAGUACAGAUGAAAUUCGUAAAGCCUUUGCCACACCAGCUCCAACUCCAUCAAGUAGUCCGGUGCCUGUGGUACCCCCUGUACCCCAAGACAUGGUACAGGCAUUCAGUCAACACUCUGGCAUGAACCUUGAGUGGUCUCAGAAGUGUCUCCAAGACAAUGGAUGGGACUGGGAACAGUCUGUACAGAUUUUUAUGAGGCUAAAGACCGAGAGAAAGAUUCCAGAUAUCGCCUUUAUCCAGUGA